AUGCCUACAUGCAGGCAAGGUAUUUACGGAACUGCAUUUAUUGUUCUGGUCCCUGCAUUUCGUGAAACAAAUAAAGACAAUAGAAAUGGUGAUCGGUUCGUUUAUCUGUUCUUUGGGAUGUCUGCACUCUGCACGGGGUACACUCAGUUCAAAUUUACCGUUCACCGUCCACUCCUUGUACUCAGCGCUGGUCGCCUAGACUCAUCACCUAAUUUCAUUUGUCAUUCCUGUGCUGCAAUGGUCAACACUCACAUUUAUAUCUUCCCCACGUCAUCUAUUUCAUCAUGCAUCAAAUCCAUCAGUUUUACACGAAGUAUCAGACAUCAUCCUCAAGCAAAGCUCCCACGUAGUCUCACCAUCAUGAAGCCCUUGAGCACUCGGAUCAACCACUGGCUGGCUGCACAGCGAGUUCGCUGUGAUGGCACCAUUCUUGUCACAUGCAUUGUGAGCGCUGGACGGGAUAGUGCUAUGGAAGGGACAGAUGUGACAGUACAGACUGUCGCACCAUCGCACCAGGGGAAGAAGGGAAAAUAA